UUACACUGAUGAUCUGGGGCAUCCAAACAGAGCCGUCUGCGCAUGCGCCAGCCCCUCUGCUGUGUGAGCCCGCUCUGCUGCAGAGCCUCACCUGCUCACCUGGCUCACCUGUCCGCCGCGAGCCAAUCAGGAGCCGCGGCGCCGCUUUUGGUUUCCGUGUGAGCAGCACGAGGGGCCGCGUGCAGCGGAGAGAUGAUGGUGUGCACGAGGAGGAGGGACCUCCGCAAUUAUCCCUCCGCGCGCAGAUAGGUGGCGCGUGCUGCUGCUGCAGAGACACACUGGACCGUCCUCCGCUCCGCUGCAGCACCGGGACUCACCGGGACUCACCGGGACUCACCGGGACCAGAGACACCGGGACCAGCAAACACCGGGACCAGACCAGACCGGAUCCUUCUCCCGGAGGGUGCAGCGCUGCAGCAGCACUUUGCUCCUGCGGAGAAUCCCGGAGACUCUCCGGAGGAGCCGCGGAGCCGGACCCGGGACCCGGACCCGGAGCCCAUGCUGCGGACCGGACUGAGUCCAUGAAGCAGGAGAUCAUGGCGGAGGGUCCCCGCUGCAAGAGACGGAAACAGGCCAACCCCCGGAGGAAGCACGUGCUGAACUAUGAGAAUGUGGUGGAAACGGGCUCAGAGACCGACGAGGACGACAGGCCUCUGGUCUCUGAGGAGGACGGCCUCACUAACGGAGGAGCGGGCGGCGGUGGGGAGGAUGACGAGGCGGGCAGCCCGGCCGGUGUGCCCCCUCUGGAGGCGUCGCCCCGGGUCGCUCACGCCCUGCUGUCCUACCGGGACCAGGAGGACUCGGGGGGUCUGCAGAACCGCCAUCUUCGCUGGAGCCUCGGAGACGAGUCCAAUGGACACCUGAACGACGCCGAGGACCGGAAGGACGAGUAUGAAGCCAUGGCUCUGGAGUCUCUGCACGCUGCAGGAAACGGUUCAGUGAAGCGUCUGGACAGCGUCUCCGAGCUCGAUGACUUCUUCCUCAAACGGAAACUGGAGGACGGAGACGGUCACCCGGCAACCAUCGCCGAGUAUCUGCAGCGCAGCGACACCGCCGUCAUUUACCCAGAAGCUCCGGAGGAGCUGACGCGCCUCGGCACGCCGGAGGCUGCCGGACACGACGAGAGCGAGCACGACUUGCUGUCCGGGACGCCCGACGACUUCGCCCAGCUGCUCACGUGUCCGUACUGCGACCGCGGCUACAAGCGCCUGACGUCUCUGAAGGAGCACAUCAAGUAUCGGCAUGAGAAGAACGAGGAGAGCUUCAGCUGCCCGCUCUGCGCCGACACCUUCACGCACCGCGCACAGCUGGAGCGCCACAUGACCACGCACAAACCCGCCAGAGACCAGCCGCCGCUGCUCACCGACGGCGGUGCUGGAAACCGCAAGUUCAAAUGUAGCGAGUGCGGAAAAGCCUUCAAAUACAAACAUCACCUGAAGGAGCAUCUUCGUAUUCACAGCGGUGAGAAGCCGUAUGAGUGCUCCAACUGUAAGAAGCGAUUCUCCCACUCCGGCUCCUACAGCUCUCACAUCAGCAGCAAGAAGUGCAUCGGCCUGAUCGCCGUCAACGGACGAGUACGCAACGGAAACAACGGCAAGUCCAGCUCCUCCCCCAACUCCACCACCUCAUCGCCUGGAAGUCCUGCCCUCUCACAGCUCCGCCACAAACGGGAAAACGGCAGACCACUUGGGCCUCCGGACCAGCAGGGGCACCUGGACGUCAAAGCCGAGCCGAUGGACUUUAACGAGUAUCGGCUGCUGAUGGCGUCCCAGCACGGGUUCAGAGGACCGGGCGUCUACCUGAACGGCCGCGGCGGAAGUCCGCUGGGCAUCCACAGCUCCUCCCAGAGCCCCCUGCAACACCUGGGAGGCAUGGGGCUGGACCUGCCCCUGCUGGGCUUCUCGGGGUCUCUCGCGAACAACCUGAGCGAGGUGCAGAAGGUGCUCCAGAUCGUGGACAAUACGGUGUGCAGGCAAAAGAUGGACGGGAACCCGGAGGAGAUCUCCAAGCUCAGGGCCUACAUGAAGGAGCUGGGCGCCCAGAUGGAGGAGCAGCAGCUGGUGCAGGCCGGCUUCCAGGUGACAGGACACGGCAGCCCCACGAAGAGCAUCAUCGACUACACACUGGAGAAGGUCAACGAGGCCAAGAGUCUCAUCGAUGACUCCAAGAGACAAGUGGACAUCAAGAAGGAGAACCCAAACCACUCAGUGGAUCUCAGCGGUGAGGAAGGCCAGAACCAGUUCCUGCCGUUCUCCUGCCAGUACUGCAAGGAGACCUUCGCCGGGCCCAUCCCGCUGCAUCAGCACGAGCGCUACCUGUGCAAAAUGAAUGAGGAGAUCAAGGCGGUCCUGCAACCAGCUGAGAGCUGUCCUACCGGACACAGGGGGGCGGUGAGCUCCGAGCUGUCCAGUAACGACCGGGCCACCAGCCCCAGCAACCCCUUCAAGGACCACGUGUCAGUGCUCAAGGCCUACUUCGCCAUGAAUACUGAGCCCAACUCAGAGGAACUGCUCAAGAUUUCCAUCGCUGUAGGCCUUCCCCAGGAGUUUGUCAAAGAGUGGUUUGCCCAGUGGAAGAACCAAAACUACCCCGGAGAUGGUCUGAGGAAAAAGUCGCCCCCUCCCGACCGCGGCGCACCGGAUGCCAACCACAGUUUCAGCCGGUCACCAAUGUCCCUUCCUACAGUGGAUUUAUAUGCAGGUUUCACUAACGGUGACGACUCCCACAGACUCACAAAGGCCAACCAGUUUACAGCCAACAGGCAGACCAUAGGGGACAAACCACUACACCCCUUGGACCACUUGAGGAGCAACACUCCGUCACCCCUCAACCUUUCUUCCACUUCCUCCAAAAACUCUCAGAGCAGCUCUUACACUCCAAACAGCCUGGCUUCUGAGGACGCCCAUGGGGAUAUACCACUGGAUCUGUCGCUGCCCAAACACAUGGCCCAGAAGCUCCUGUUUGCCAGAGAGAAGCAGUCCAGAUCCAACGGUUUCAUCAUCGAGCGCAACGGCGAGUCGCUGGGACGGGAACAGGUGUCCGGGCCCUUGGACCUGGUCAACAUUAAGAAGGAGGUCCUGGGCUCUGACGGUGGAGGGAACUCCAUUCACCAGCUGGAGAAAAGCUCCAGUCCCAUCUUUGGGAUUAACCCCUUCGCCGGUGGUCCCGUCUACACCUCUCUGCCGCCUCACGGAGCGUUUCCUCCGCCCACCUUCAUGUCUCCUGCCCAGGCCACCAUCCCAGGUCUACGACCGUACCCCGGCCUCGACCCCAUGAGCUUCCUGCCCCACAUGGCCUACACCUACGCCACUGGAGCGGCCACGUUCGCUGAAAUGCAGCAGAGAAGAAAAUAUCAACGGAAACCAGGUUUCCAGGGGGAGCUGCUGGACGGGACGGCGGACUAUCUGUCGGGCCUGGACGACCUGACAGACAGCGAGUCGCUGCUGUCCAGGAAGAAGAUUAAGAAGACUGAAAGUGGUAUGUACGCGUGUGACUUGUGCGACAAAACAUUCCAGAAGACCAGUUCCCUCCUAAGACACAAAUAUGAGCACACAGGGAAGCGUCCUCACCAGUGUCAGAUCUGUAAGAAGGCCUUCAAACACAAACACCAUCUCAUCGAGCACUCACGGCUGCACUCCGGAGAGAAACCGUACCAGUGCGACAAGUGCGGGAAACGCUUCUCGCACUCGGGCUCGUACUCGCAGCACAUGAACCACCGCUACUCGUACUGCAAGAGGGAGGCGGAGGAGCGCGAGGCGGCCGAGAGGGAGGCCAGGGACAAGGGAGGAGGAGCAGGAGGAGGAGCAGGCUUGGAGCCCACCGAGCUGCUGAUGAGGAGGGCCUACCUGCAGGGCCUCGGGCCGCUCGGAUACUCCGACCCCGAGGACCAGCAGGAGGACGGGACGAUCCUGAGGGACGGCAGCGAGGGAGGAGGACAGGAGGACAGGGACGUGGACGUCAAGGUGUACGAGGAGGUGACAGACAGACGGGAGGCAAGUUUCAGGGAAGGAGAGGAAGAGGAGGAGGAGGAGGAGGGAGACAGCAGGAGCCAGAUGGACUUGACGAGGGACGGAAAAGACUCGACGCAGCUGAUGGACGAGAGUUCAAGAGAAGGGAAGACAGACGGCAGGUCGGACCAAGAGGACUGAUCCAGGAGGACAUUAGUCUCAAACAACAUGCUCUCCUUUUGAAGGGACUGUACACAAUGACGCGGGGCUGAGUGGAGAGGUCAUCACAGUUUAUUUCUGCUGAAGGGACUUUUUGUUUGUUUUUGACCCCAGAUUCAUGUUUUAAAUGAGCUGUCCCUAACAUAAAUCUAAAUAUUCAGAUAAAAGGACCAACAUGUUUUUUACUCGUAUUUUAUUUUACAUUUUUUAAUUCUGCAUUUUAACAGAAAGCAGAACUGAGUUUAGAUUUAUCAGGUUCUACCUGCCAAGUUUUAACCCUUUGUGUUUGUUCCAGACGUCCCGCUGCUCUGAAAUAUUAUUAACAAAAUGUAUCAGAAAACAUUAUGAAAAAACUCGCUAACAUAAAAAAUAGCAAAAAAUAGCUUACAUGCUAUAAACAUGCUAACGUUUGUUAGCAGAACUCAGGUUACCGUGACGACUGAUGACAAAUCAUUUAGAAUAAAAUCAGGUGUAGUGGCUAACUGGGUUUGUUUUGAGGACAGGGAAAACUUUUACUAGUAAUUUAUUAUUUUCAGUCAGAACAAACAGAAACUCUUAGCUGUUAGCGGUUAGCGGCUAGCGGUUAGCGGCGGUAGCUCAGGAAUAUGUUAAGACUCGUCAGGCUGGAUGUAGGAGACAAACGGCCUUCUGGCGUCUCUGCCGUCGUUCACUACAGGUUUCUGAAAGCCGACGCAGCAGAACCAGCGACAUGCUGAAAAACCACUUCAGAAUGUUUUAUCUGAAAGACAACUUGUGAUAAUUAUUUAUUUAGAGUCCAUUAAAGGCCAUGAGUCAGAUAACAGAUAAAGUUUCAGUUCUGCAGGUGGAACCUGAUAAUUCAAACGUCAGCAGAGUUUAAAACCAUGAGCUGACGAUCAGUUCAGAGAUAUUUAAAAAGGGGCGAUUUUUACAUUAUAUAAUAUGUUUCUUUAGUUAAAGUAGCAGCGUAUUAAUAAUCUCUGUCUGGUGUUAUCACUGAUCUGUGGACUCCAGUGGGAUGGGGUCACUGAGAUCCAUCAUAAUAAAUUUCAGCUUUUAUAUAUAAAUACAGUUCCCGGUGAAAAAAAUGCCGGGAUGACAUGGAGUCAUUCUCCCAGGUUUGGAUGGGAGUUAACCCCUUGCGCCCCAGGGAUUAUUUGCAUACAGUCCCAAACAGGAGAUGCAAUACGAUGACCGCCAACAUCCAGGUCAUGAAGCUUGGUGGGAUUGUUUAAAAAUCCACAUUAUGCAAAAAAUAAGAAGUAAAAUAAAGCAGGAAUGAUGAUUCUAGAGACAAGCUGUUUGUCAUGUACAGUAUUAUAAGGCCUGAACGCUGUGUGGUGCUAUAAUGUUCUUAACUUCCUGUGGCUCGUUGUGUUCGGAUCCCCACGGCAGAAAAAUUGCACUCGACUCCCCGAAUCACUACAAAAUAAAAAAAGACUAAAAAAAUAAAAAAGAGGGAAAAAAAGCCUGAACACUGGGUCACUUCCUGUCAGUGUUAUUGUUGUAUUUCUGUCCUUCUACUGUGACGUUUUUUUAUUUUUAUCCUGUUUUAUGAUUAUUUUUGCCAACUAACCACACAAUUUUGGGCCUCCUGAUUUCUUUUUUUCUUUAUGUGAAGGAAACUUUAAACCUGUGUGAUUUUCAAAAUAAAUGUGGAUGUGAGUCUUAAAAAGAGAGGAAGGAGGAGCUUAAUAUGAAAAGAUGAAAAUAAAAAGGACAGAGCCUUUAGUGUGUUCUUCUCCAGAGAAAGCCUUAUAUGCAAACCUAGUGCCAUCCCUGUACAGUGUCUGUCCUCCUUCAGUAUUAUCAAUAUUUCAUCUGUUUCAUCGUCAGUAUUAGCAGAAAUAGACGCAGUUCCUUAGUUUACAUGUUUGUGCAAUUUCUGUAUUUUUUUGUUCCAUGACAGUAUUUUUUGUCAGUAUUACUUUUUUUGUUUUUGUUGCUUUUUCCAACAUAAAUUUCAUUUUUUUGUUUGUUUUUAUUUGAGAAUUUACCAUUUUAUUUAUGUGACUCAUUUUAUAUUUCCUAAUUUUAUUUAUUUCAUACUGUAGUGUACAGUAUUAGAGUUCCUCACAAAUAGAUAUAUUUUAGUAAAAUGAUUCUGUCAUUGACUAUUGGAGAACAAAUAUGAAUAGAGCGUCUACGGUAUUUGGUUCAAUUGUUUCUGUUUUUUCUUUUUGUUUUAUUUCCUUUAAACUACUCGAAAUUCUAAAUUUGGGGAACUUUUGAUACGAUGAUUAUUGUGAAAACACUGUAUUUUUGAGAGUAAAAUCCACUUUAUUCAUCCCACUGAGGAGGCGACGAAGGACUGAAGAUGAUGAUGAUGAUGAUGAAGGAAUUUCUGAAAUGUCUGAAGUAUUAUUAUUACAUUUUUAAUUUCUCUUGAAAUGACCAUGCUCGAAUAAAUGUAGCCAAAUUAAAUUUUAAUAAAACUGUGUUAUUCUUCUUGUA